GGAAAAUUGAUCGACUGUUAGGAAUUUCUAAUGUAGUACUCACAAACUAAGGUUAUACUUGAAUAUUCAUCGUAUUGCUUUUAACAUUGCAGUAUGUGUACGGCGUUUUAUAAAAAUAUUAAUCAUAAAGAAUUGACAGUUCUUCAACCUUUCGAAAGUUCUUAAGUUCUUGUUUGACAGAGUUCUUGUUUUGACGUUGUCCUUGUUCAUCCGUUUUUCUACUGAUAAACAGUAAUAGCAAGAAGCUAGACCAAGAUCAACUUCUAGUUGAACUAAGUUCUUUCUGCUCAGACACUGGAAAGGUUUAUUUUGAUACAACUAGAAUUAGAUAGAAUUUUGUUCACUUUGGUUUUCAUCGCGAUAGAUUUUUUACUAAUUUAUUGGUUUGUUCUUUCUUUCUUCUUUGUUCUGCUCAGAUACUACAGUAAAGGUUUUGAUACAAUUAGGUGUCGAAUUUUCUUUUUGGUUCUUAUCGCGAUAGAUUUUUUACUAAUUUCAUUAUCAGUACGGUUCAAGUCAGGCACACUAAACGACAAUUCAUCGAAAGAACUCAACUCUCCAAGCUCCAGUGGUGUCCAAACAGCAAGCUGUGGUCGUAAAUACUCCGCGAAGCACGACAAUAUCGAAUUUGUACUUGGAAUUUUGGAACUUGGAAUUUGGAAAAUUACUAGUAUCAUAAUUUUUUCUGCACUACAUACUCUCAGAAAAUUAUAUACAUCCAUGUGAAGACUUUGAAUUCUCCGAACGACUAUGCACAUGCAAAUUCAAAUGAAGAUUGUUGAGGCAACAUGAUAGACAUACUAUCAUAUAAUUCACUGUCCUCCAACACCAUUCAGGUCGAGACAAGCACGCUACUCCCGAAGUACCAGUUUUCGCAUCGUCUCCGAUCGUCACGAUGACUGCUGGUGACCAGGUACUUCAGAACCCUGUAUCGUCACGAUGACAUUUGAAUCAAUGGUACUAUACAUAGAAUAAGUAAUAGUACAGGACGUUUUAUUUACCCGAUCCGAUUGAUCUGGGUAUAUGUAUCAUCAUCAUCGUCAUCAAGUGGAAAUAGAGAUACUUUAUUGAUUACGUACUGGCACUCUCGAAAUGUUCCACUUCUACCUGUACUACGUUCUUGCAGGCGAAAGCAGUGAGCGAAGGCUCGACGAUGUCGUGCUGCUCUGCUACGCCGGCAUUGCGUGAACAGUCCAGUUACUCCGAUACUAACUCAUUCGAUGCCUCUGCUGGUUUGCUGGGGAAUUAUGAAAAAGAAAUACUUUUACCUACUAGAACUUAGCAAUAUUCGACGUCGAUAUUGACAAGCAUAGCUUGUUGUUGUUUUGAAAGACAUGAGAAAUUGGAAUUGCUUUGCGCGAAGAAGCUGAAGCACCGAAUCUUGACUACUUUCCUUCUCUUCUAAGGAAUUUCUCUGCCCCCGUUGAGUGCGGAACAAGAUGUUAGCAAUAUGCUGUAUCAACAGAACAACGAAUCAUUUGCUCAAGCAGGCCAGAACAACAGCAUGUUGAACAACGUUGCGAACGCCGUUCAUCAACAGUUUGCUGGGAACAACAACUUCUGCAACAACACCAUCAACAACUUGGUCAACGUGAACCAUACGACGAUGAAUCCCAACAUUUUCAGUAAUGCUGGAAGUUUGAUGAACAUGAAGAAUAAGGGUACUGCGGGAACUACUACUGCUACAGCUACUGCUUUCUCUGGUAACAACUACAGCAAUCACAUGGUCAAUCCUGGUAACAACAACGUUGACACGAUUCAGCAACAAAUUAUUGGUAAUGCUUUGAUGGGCAUUAAUCUGAAUGCGAACUUCCAAAAUAUUGGCGGUCAAGAAUACCAACAGGGAUCGUGUGCCCAAGCGGCUGGCGUCAACAAUUGCACUGGAGUGGGGAACACGAUGAUCAAUACGAUGAACAACACUGCUGCUGCUGGAGGGACGACGAAUAUUUUUAAGGCUUACCAGGGUACCUAGUAGUGUUUUUGUUUUCGUCAUUGAAUCAAUGAAUGUUGUUUAUGUCUUGAUAUCUACGUUCUGUGUCGUCCACGAUGCUCUUGAUCAAUCAGACAGAUGUCCUCCUUCGUUCUACGGCGUUUGUAAGUAGCCAGCACUAUGGGUAUGGCUACACAGUAUCGUGACAGGCUUCUACUUCACAACCCUACUAGAGGACUCAAACUAGCUAUUAACCUAGAAUCUGAUAUUGAAAGUACGCCCUAAAAUUAUGCCAAGUUUUUUAGCUAUUAACCUCUUCUAAGACAACAAGCGAAAAAGGAAAUCAUGGCAACAAACCGGUCGUCCACGUGAUGAAUACGUGCAUCAAUGUGAUGGCAAACAACAACAUCAGCAAUGCUACAAAUCAUUGCGUGGUGAAUAAUGUUAUGGCUACCGCAUGUCCAUGUGCAUGAUCGGCUUCCUCAGUAUCUUCAGCAUUCAUAGUCCUUGGUUUUUUUCCUCUUGAAAUAGAAGGCAAGGAUCGAUGCUCUCAGGGAUGCGAAGGCCCUUCUAGCCCUAAUAAUGCGACCAGAAAUAUUGCUACCAGUACAAACGAUAACUACAACAACAUCUUCAUGAAUGGAGGCAUUACGAACAAUAUUAUCAACAACUACAGCGGUGGAGGUGCUGGUACGGAUGAGGUAAACACGAAUACUUAAGGCUUCGGCGGUCGUAGUUUUAUAGUCAUUAUCAAUAUGAAGGUAUUGGUAGAUUCAGAAACGGCGAUGAAGAGAUUAUUGUUACAGAAGCAUCUUCUCAAUAAUGAAAUUUGAUUUACUUCCCACCUAUCAUUGUUCAAAAGAAGCAAGAAUUCUGAACAACCUAUGCACCGAAGUAGAGCGUGAUUACAAAAAAUAGUGAUCCUACAGCUUCUACUCUAAGAUAUCCUUCCUCCGAACAACAACAUCGUGAGUCAGUACGUAAACCUCGGAGGUGCUGCCAGCUUAUUGUUGAGUAACCCACUACUUGGCACUGCAGCGAACACGACUGAUAACACUACUUCUGCGGCUGCUUGUGCUACUGCUGCAACUGGGACGAACAACUUGAACAAUGGUACGACUAUCGUGAUGAACAACAUGAAUAUGAUCAACAACAAUGGUUCUUUGGUGAACAACAAUUAUACUAGUACCUCCAUCGUCGAGAACAUCAACACAAACACUAACAAUGUCCUACUUGCGGCCAUCAACAACAUCAACUACAAUUUACUUAGUAAUUGUUUGCCGUCUUCGCCUCCGCUUGCGCCAGGGGCUUUGGGAGCGUUGCCAGCAGCCUACGUCCCCAUCACUCCGGAAGAACAGCAGACGGAUGGUAUUCUUAGUUUGUUCUCCUAAAUUUCUUUGAAGAUCGGAGUUGUUCGAAUUUCUUUGCUCUAUCUUGGAGUUCGAGUCGCGGGUUGUUCGUUGUAAUUACAAAAUCAUGAACUUGUUGAAAUUUAUAUCGAUAUUCGUCUUCACCUCCUACCUCGUCCAUCUGGAUUUCAUGGCACAUAAGACUGAGGACAACUCAGGGAGAACUUACUCCAUCCAGGUAUCGGCAAAAAGCAACAUGUGCCGAAUAUCGUUAACGCUGUGCGUUCUGGCUCUGAAGAUACAACUGUAGACACGAUGGCCACGGCUGUCAACGCAAGUGCUCGCACUAGUCUUAAGGCCACAAUAUAUAAAUCCAACUUCUUCAUCUUCCCGAACACCAUGGUCGCUCCCACUUCUCAAGUGAAAACGAGCACCAAGAUGCUCUUGAAGUAGACGGAUUUAUGAGGUGUCUAAUAGUAAUAGUAGCCGGUGUUCGUGGGACAGCAGUAUCAAUUCUAGUCCUUGUGGAGGUGCUCAAUCGACCAAUCUGAACACCAUUUCCGUGUGUAACACCCUGAACAACCUGAUGCUGAAUACCAUCACGAACAUGAAUAAUCAACAUCUGCUUGCUGGUGCAACUACUGGUACCAAGAUGAAUGGAAUGCUCGGGAAUUCUGCAGGAAGUGUUACUGGGGCUGUAAACAUCAACAAUAAUUUGAUGAACACGCCACCACCAGCCACCAGUAUGCUGCCGACAACUACCUCAUUGAACGGUCUUGCUUCUUCUAUCCAGCAGCAAAACAGCUUGUUCCCUCCUACUAGCGUGCGCAGUGUUCUAUAUGGAAGUUGUGGAUCAGAAGAUGUUGGAACGAAGACAACAGGCAUGCAGCAGGAACAACAGCAGAAACAGCCUCAACAGCAGAUGGGAGCUUACAACACUACAGCCAGUAACAUCAAUGUUCAUCUCAGUGCUACGCCAGGAGGCCCCGUUCAACAAAACACAUCGCCAAAUCAUGCCACGCGUAACGCCAACAUUCUCUUGAUUGCUAACCACAUCGACAACAAUUCUUGCCUUCAACAACAACUGCUAGGACUGGGUGCUGGAGCAGGAAUAGACAGCAACUACAGGAGUAUGUUGCUGUUGAACAACGGUGCUGGAGGUGGAGAUACUUCUCUCUUGAUGAAUAUGGCAGGUUUAACUUCUCCGCAAGCGCAGCAACAAUGCGAUCUGGGUGCUGUGAACAUGAACAACUUAUGGCUUGAUAAACUGGCAAGAAUGAUUCAAAUCAGUUUUGGUUGUAUUAUGUUGAAGUUGACCUUCAUCGGAUUUUGAGUGAACUCAACCUUAUCUUCAACAUUAUAGCUAAAAUAAGAAGAUUCAAUCGCCACCCACCCACCUGGUGUUGCUGUACUAGCUCUAAUAUGAAACAACCUCGGGACAGCUUUCGGAAAUCAGUACAACACGAACAAUUGUUCUCUCUCGGGAGAUCAGUACGCGACGAAUAACAAUGUGCAGAGCCAGGGACUCACACAGACUGCUGACAACAACUCGUCCUGGAUGGUCGGAAAUAACAGCAGCAACAUCGUGGAUUUUAUGGCUUUAACUUCCUAGAAGUUGAUGUUGAACUUGAACGUUAGAUACAAGAAGUACAAAGUAUAAGUAGAUUGAUGAAUCUUCAUCGCUAUCAUGUUGGUAGUACACUGUCGAUCAUGUACGUGAGAUCGGAUUACCAUUACUUAGCUAUUUCGUGAUUCGGUUUUUGCUGUCCUUCUUCGGACACGUCCUCUUUACUUGAACCUUAACCAACACUCAUUGUAACUACAACUAGCACCAUGUCUAAUCCCCCAUCCGACCGAGACUUACUCUCUUUGCAACCCACUACGCCGGCGACUUCUUUUGCCGGGUCAACGACCCCUGAGAACGGAAAAACCCCGCAUCGCAAUAGAGCUGAUAUUAAUGCGGAAUUGGCUGCUUUGUCGCCAGCCCUGAUGACGCGACUCACUCCAGCAUUCACCGACAUGACAGCAAGUAUCGCCUACAAUGAUCAGCGAGAUGCCGUCGCACUGCCAAACGAGGACGGGUACUACUUGUUUGAAAAUGUGAUAUAGGCGCGUUAUAUAGUUAGCGACAUCACAACAACAGAUCGCCUCUUUGAAGGAAACACCAUAUUUGGUCGCAUUUUCAUGAUCAAAACAGGAUAUAAUCAUAUUUGGUAGCAUGACUCUCACCAUGAAGCACGAACACCGUUUGGUGGCUGCAGUUUUUUGCCCUUGUGGCAGUCUGCACUGAACUUUGUGUACCUCGCCCCUUCUAGGGGUGACGUGAUGGUGGUGAGUGAACUUAUCUUCUACUAAAAUCCGUGUAGCUAGAUUCUGGCGUACUAGAUUGGUGUGUAGUAUAGGUCAAGAUGAGUAAGCUCGUUCUCAGCGCCAUCACGGUGUUUUCCGCUGAAAACGCCUGGCGCUGGGAGAUUAGCGAGACCCUGCGGGUACGCCGCGGCAGGGGCCAACGCGAUGUCUCACCACCAGGAAGUCCCGUAGGGAAUUCAGGUGACAUCGAGGUCCCGAACCGGGACCGCGUUGGCAGCAAGAGCUCUCCCCAGGACGCAGCCGUCCAGAAAUCGAGGGAGGGCUACAAGGAUCUUGCCGAAAGGCGUGGCACCAGCGUGCCCGGUGAGGUUGGUGAGCCCACCACAACACCGCGUGUUGAGGAUCAAAGGCUCGCUGAAAAGCGAUGUAUAAAAUGAAAAUCAUGCAAAAAGCGGAUCAAUAUUACGCCGCAGCGCUUAAAAGAACCUCAUCACUUUCGCUCCCUCAAAAAAUAGUCGCAGGGAAAUUCUCCACGGAGAACACGAAGCGUAAAUAUAAAGAAAAGCAAGCUGCUGAAAGAAUUUUGUAGGAAAGUAAAGAGCUACGCUGAACCAAUUAAGAACACACAGUUAACUUAAGACAUCUAAAAUGGGGGUGCGUCCCUAAUGGCAACACUACCUAGAAAGGCGUGCAUCUCGCGUCUUAUAAAAUAUGGAUAAUUCCGGCACAAAUAUUCGAUGGCGACAAAUGUAGCACAAAGGCACCUCUAAAGGUUUCUCGUCGACAAAUGUCGCAAAUAAAUGUACUUUCGGAUUGUGGCUGGUCUGACCAAUACACAAUCAACACAAAUGAGAAGCCAGGCGCUAUAUGCGGAUGACCUUGAGUACAAUCCUGAAUCUUGGGAGUCUUGUGGCAAAUCGGCCGUAAAUCAUGCGUGCUUGACAAAGAAAACAAUGCUUGUGAUAGACGGGCCAACUUGCCUUGAUUUGUAUAAUUAUGUAAACAUGGGGUCGCUUAUCUUAAAUGACCACUCCGCCACUCUUCUACUCACAUAGCGUAGGAUCCAAAUGCAUCUUUUCACUCGUGUACUCCGUAUUAUCCGAAAGAUAUUAAAUGAGUCAAGUGUCGAUCUUUGAAUCAUGUUAACUUGUCGAGCGAAUAGGUGAGAGAUCAAACGCGAUUUCCAUACGCGAUCAAACGAAUGCUACUUAGUGAAGCGAUCUCGAGCCUCCUUUGUUCGAUAAAAUAGCGACUAUUUGUAUUGCUUUUUUUUCAGUAGGUCCUUCUUCAAUAAAGAUCUGGAGCUUCUGUUUCAGAUCUUGAAGACAUUUUGUUUAUGUAAUGCUCUUUUGCACCCUUUUGGAAUGGGGCGAUCUUUUCGCUCUCUCCUGAGCUAUCUAGUCUAGCAGAUCCGCACUCUCCGAUCUCUAGGACGAUCUCUUCUAGAGUGUGAUCUUGAUGUGGUCUGUCGUAGAUCUAGAUAUGUCUCUCGUACGUGCUUGAUAUGGCCUUAUCACGCCGUAAGAUUAAUUAGGUCUCGAAAUAUAUGAUGAAAUCAUACCUAUUUCGAGUAAAGUGAAAGAAUUUUGAUUAUUUAUGAUUGUCAGUAUGUUGGCAAGCCCCCCCCUGUAAUUCGCGAAUUAGUCGUCACUAUCAAGAUAGAUUAGAGUAAUCGUGGAUUACCUAUAUUCCCACUGUAGUUCGGCUGGAGAGUCUGGGCCUUGAGGAACGAUUCCAAACAAUAGUCUGCUAAAGACUAUGCUUGGAGAACUACCAGUGGAUAUAUAGUCUCAACGCGCCAAACGCUGUAAAUAUAGCGAGUAAAUAACCUCUCCGCUGGUAGGAGGCGUCGAUAACCUCGAGUAAAACACAAAAUGGCGCAACUCAACGCCCGCUGGAACCAGAACGAGUUGCCCGACCACAUCAAGCCGUGCGCCACGGCGUUGGAAAACUGCAGCGACGCAGUCAAAAACCAGAUGAGCAUCUGGAUCGCAAUCAUGCGAGACCCGCAGUUGGUCAACAUCGUCGCGCCAUGGUAUGCGGCUGACACCGUCAAACAAGCCGCGCUUGUCGCGGCCAAUGACGACGGUCAUGCGAUCGAUGCAGCAGCGGCAGAUCGCAUCACAGUUGUGGCGAUCCUCGGAAACGCUUCGAUCGCGAAUCAAGGAGGCAACCAAAAUCCAAACAUGGACUUCGCAACGGUCAACACGCGCCAACGGCUCAUCGCGGUCUGCCAAGCGUGGGGCCUACCCACGGGAGGAACAAAGCCGGCCAUCAUGCAACGCAUCUUGGCACGCGUCCAACAGAUCGGCGCCGACGGGCAGCCACCGGCGGACUACGCGAUCGGCUGCUAUAGCUUCGUCAUCUACGCCGACGGAAGCAACAACCAAGUUGCGCAAGCGGUGGAGGGGCCAGCAAACCAGAAUCCGGCACCGCAGCCGGCAGUCUUUGACCAGCAUCACCCGAUGGCACCGGCACCACCGCAGCCGGCGGCGCAACCGCAAGAUCAUGGCCAAACCCAAGCGGCCAUCCAGUAUCAGAUGCAAAACAUGCAGCAGCAAAUGAGUCAACAGUUGUUGUUCAUGCAGCAGCAAAAUCAACAACAGGCGCAGCAGGCAAUCGCAGCGGCGAUUGCACUGGUCCCGCAGAGCCCGGCCCUCCCACCGCCAGGGCUGCUCGGAGCAGGCCCGGCGCAGGUCAACGCGGAAACAUCACCGUACGACCCUGGAAACGUGCUUGGAAAUGCACAUCAAUGGGUGCAGGGCCGCGCCAUGAACUGGGUCGACAUGCACGACCCGCAACACGCGGUGGCUUGGCGCAACAAGCACAGCACUGCGCUGGUCACGGACGAGGCCAAAAUGCGCGCAAAUGUGCGCGCCAUCUGCGUGGGCCACAGCGCAUACCUCGAUGCGGACAAGUUUCGUGCGGUGGCCUGCAGCAUGUUCAUCAUGCCGGACACGUUUGCGCGCAAGUUGAUCGCCGAGAGCGGUGUUAACGCAGGCGUCAUGAGACAGGCCAUCGUCCUCACCAUGAUCAGCGGAAUCUCCUCCGAACAGCAACUGGUAGAGCAUGCCGCGACCUGGGAACCGACGAACAACUGGUCCAAAAAGGCGGCCACCACAGCAAAAAACGUGGCGUGGAUGGGCGACGGAGUCAAAGCGGAGGAUAACAUCACGCAAGGGCGUGCACGCGCGUGCCUCACGGACAUCAUCAAAGAGUACACGGGAUGCCUGUCCACCUACGUCACCGCCACGAACAACCGCGAAGACAACAUGGAGCCGCUGCUCGUGCUCAUUGCGAAGUGCCGAAACGGCGAGACUCGCAAGCUGGAAGAAGCUAUCGUCGACACCUCCUUCGUCAAAGACGACCACAAGCCGGACAGCAUGCAGGUCAUGUGUCGCAUGCUGCUCGCGCUUGGCGAGGCCGACACCUUGCACGAGGCGGAACGGUUAAUCGACGCACAUACGCACAAACUGCGCUCCGUCACAAUGGGAGAGUUGGUCUACCACAUCAUCCCAGCCUUGAUUUUCCUGCUGCACGCGCCACAACAGCCGUCAACCUUCCCGGGCUCACCAGCUAGCAACGACGAGCGUACGACUCCGUAUCUGCUCAUGCACGGAUGGCAGAUCAUCACAGCUAACAUCGAAGCACGCAAAGGCAAACGCCACUACCAGGCCAAGAAGCGCGGAAACGACGAUGGCGACGGCCCCGGAAACAAGCAUCAUCGCCCAAACGGCGGUGGCGGCGGAGGGUCAGGAUCCGGCUCCGGAUCGGGAGCAACAGGCGGAAAAGGCUCCUACAGUGGAGGAAGCUGGAGCGGCGGUUCGUACAGCGGUGGAUCCUACGGCGGAGGAGACUGGGAGUACGGUGGCGGCUGGAACGCUGGCGACGGCUACAACAAGAAAUCCAACACCGGCUACGGUGGAAACGGCGGCGACGGCUACGGAAAGUGGCAGGAGGAAGAGCAACCACUUUACUACGCGCCAGAUUUCAACAACAACGGUUCUGGACGAAUCGCGGGAAACUACAACCGCGGGCUCGACGCGCCGGUGGCCGGUGAUGACAAACGCAUCCACCGAACUUCCUACUACACGGAGAAGCGUGCCGCGGACACCAUCAGCCGCGAGCUGAAGAACAGAAACGAUACGCACUCCGACCCGUGCAUCGGCCGCGCUUUCGGAAAGCACAUGGGCUCCGUGCUCGAUGAGUGCGGAAUCCCAUGGGUGGUGGGCCGCCAAUUCAUCAUCGAGGACUCCAUCGCCCAGGGCGCUGCGCUGCCGGCAGGAGUCUGCAAACGCUUCUACCAGUCUGGAAACUGCGGCCACAGAAGAUGCAAAUACUACCACAAAAUCCCGCAACGCUGGGUCUACACGUCGGAUCCGGAUGCCAGUCAAGACAUGGCGGCGGACGGAGCAUGGCGCUGGGUCAUAACCUGCCAGGUAUGCAAGGCGAAAGGCCAACACUUCGUCACCUCCACAAAAAAGAAGGCCAUCUGCUUGCCGGUGGAUCGCACCGAGGAGGACAGCUACAAGAAGGCGCUUAACGCAUAAAGCACGGACUUUGCGACCUAAAAGCGGCGACGGGCGCUAUAACCCGUGGAGUUGCCUCGAGAGGAGGAUCUAGCAUGUAGCAUCAUGCGCACAUUACAACAAUCUGCGCUAAUGCAGCUCCCACCAGCCUGAGCUAAAAAGGAGAAAGCUCCUGCGAAAACAUAUCUAUACAAGAAGAGCGAGUGUGUAGAUGAAAAACCUCCAAAACCAAUACCCCCGUCGGGGGUAUUCGCGCGUAGCGACGCGUUCACGGGUAAACUGCCGCGCGCAGAGCAGCGGAGGCUGUAGUUGUCUGUUCACUACUGACGUAAAGUCGAAUCGGUAAUCUGAUCCGCGGAUGAGGCCGUCUAGCGUGUGGAUCGUGUAAACAAGAUCGCUACCGCGUAGUCCUCAAAUUCCAAUGGGGCGUGAGAGCUCCAGUGUUGCCGCUGUAAUUUUGAAGGCAUUGCGCUGCAGUAUGGUAGUCCUGAGAGGUGGCAGACAGCACACGUGGCGAGAGAGUAGUGAGCAUUUACAUCAGGACCACUCAACGAGCCGCGAGCUCAAGUGCGCGACACCGAGAGACGCUGAGCGCAGCAAGAGCUGUCAGACUAUGAGUGCCGCAAGUAAAACUACAAUAAGUGAGCUAAGUGGCCUCGUAUGAGCAUAAUUACCGAUGAAGCAAUCAUCUAAAUCUUAGAUAAGGUGCAGGCGCGGCCGCCGGUACAAGCGCCAAGUACCCUUAUCAUCACCUCAGCAAUAAACUGUAGAGUGAUCGUCGGGAAGCGUGUGAGAGAUUGCAAAAUGCCCCGCACGGUCUUCUCUCAUGGCAAGUAUGUGUCGCCCGCGGCGGCACAGGACGCAACCUCGGACAGGUACAGUCUAGCCGCAAGGCAGACGAUACCUCCACGGAUAUCGGAUAAGGAGGCCGACAAACUCCUCCGGCUUCAACGAGGAGGUCUCACCAAGAUCGAAGAAAAGUAUUUCGACGUGUUCCAACUUGAUCUUCAGUUGGCGGCAACCGAACGGUCGACGCUCAACCAGAAGCUCUACGACUACGACCGGUUCCGGUCUUGGUUGGCGCGCCACCAUGUGCCGCCGCACCCGGUGCCCCAACCAAUCACGCUGCGCCACCUGCACAGCUACUCCCUCUUCCGAGCCCACUGCGGCUAUAAGCAGACGGUGGACGAAUUCAAGAGAGUCCUGAUGUUCUGCGCCAGUCCGCCGCUCAAAGACGGAAAGCGUAGCAAGGUCAUGGAGGACGACAGCAGCGGACUUGCGCUUCGCGCGUCCUACGACAUCGAACAGGACCUCAAAAGGGCCGCGGGCCCCGAGCGCGACAAGACGGCCAAAGCACCUCCAGCCCUCGUCCAUGAAGACCUAUAUGCAGUGGAGCUCCAAGCGCGAGCAUGGUUAUUACUUUAUCCACAGUUGGGGCUGAGAGGGGAUUCCUUUUCUGAACUGAGAGAGGACGGCACUUGGAUUGGCGUAGACAAGUUUAACCAUCAGACAACUUUUGUACACGUACGGAAAGACAAAGUUAAAGCAGCUCAGGGCAGAGUCAUUGAAGUAGGCUGCAAUUGUGAACCUGAGCUAGACCAUCCACGAGAGCAAUGUCUACUACACGGAGCGAGCGGCAAGCUACUUCCCUUUAGGUUUCCACUAGACUACAAAAACAUCAAAACCCACAUUGAGAAACGCGGAUGGACGGAACACUCAGCCCGACGGGCUUUGGCUUUUGCGGCGCGCAAGCGCAUCCAAGACGGCAUGCGCGCAGACCUACCAGUCUUCCUCCAACAGCGCGGCUGGGACGGCCCGCACCAGCUGCGCAACUACGCGUGCGAUUACAAGGACUUCACCGCGCUCCACCACAAACUACCGCGUGUGCGAAGCGUAUGGCCGCGCAUCACCGACAACACUGUCCUCACAACCCAAGCGAUGGAAUUCUACGACAAGGCAGAGAUGACCAAGGCUACCAUCGCGGCGCGCAUGGCCCGAGAUGAAGAAGAUGGCGAAGACUACCAAGCAAGUGAGCAAAUCAAGGAACUGGCAAAACAGAUCCUACAGAGCCAGUCGGCCUCUGCGCCUGGUCUUCGCGAGGGUGCGGCGACCGCGUCGUCAUCCAGCGCGCCACCGGUAUCCGCCAGCGAUAAGAGCAUCACCUUCUACACAUCGAAAGCGCACAGCCUCGCGAUGGGUAAGAAGGGCUACGUCCACGUGCACGUCGCCGGGCGAGCCUUCCCAAAAGGUGAAACCAGCGGAAAGCCCACACCGGCCACAAAAGUCAGAAAGCCAGCGAAAAUAUUGCAGCCAAAAGCGGGGGCUAGCAGCGCCAAGCCGUCAGAAGCAGUCUUGCCGAAAAAGAGCAGAGGCCCAGUAGCACACUGGAGUAUGCUGGGAGUUCCAGCAAAAUGCAACUAUCUCAUGGGCCAUUGGCAGACCCCAGAACGACACUGGGACGUGAUGCAGGAGACCAAGCGAACCUUCGAGCAGCGCAAGAGCAAGAACGUUACCCUCCGCGCCUUCCUUCGUCAAGCCGUCGCGGACGGCUAGAGCGCCCGACGGGCGUCCUUACCAUGUGGACCAUAGCAGAAGGACGUCGAUAACGGUUGGAGAAAAGGCAUAGCCCAAACCGUCGCGAGAAAAGGCACGGGAGGGCCCUCAUGAAAAAGGGCGUGCGCACUUGAUGCACCGAACGAACGUUACACAUAUGUCAGCUUCGCAUGAAUUUGAGCUCAAAUCUACAUCCAAUCAACAAGUUCGAUGGACUCAAGUUUUGUUGUCAUCACCCAGCGGGUUUGUAGGUUUGUGCACAAGAUAGAUAAAAGGAAAAAGUAAAGAACUUUCUCUCACUGCUGCCGCCGCGGAUGUUCUUACGAAGGAAAACAAAACCCCUGAAGGGGUACCUCGCCCCUUCUAGGGGUGACGUGAUGGUGGUGAGUGAACUUAUCUUCUACUAAAAUCCGUGUAACUAGAUUCUGGCGCACUAGAUUGGUGUGUAGUAUAGGUCAAGAUGAGUAAGCUCGUUCUCAGCGCCAUCGCGGUGUUUUCCGAGCCCCAUUGCCACCCCAAUGCCUCCGCUCGGGAAACCCUCCACCGCGUGGAGGAGGAGUUGCAACAGGAGAAAUUGCGGCUCCAUCGAGCCGAGAUCUUCGACACUAUCACAACAUUUCGCCAAGUGGCCAGACUGGCCUCCACGACAACGCUGCGACCCGCGGUCGCCGCCGACAUCUAUAAAGCCAAAUCCGACCCAAGCGCAUGGGCAAAAAAUGUGCGAAAAAUGAAGAAGAAGUUUGAGCACCUACAACAAAAAACGCAGGCGAAGAGCGACAAACUCCUGCGCACACACGCGCCAGCGCAUCUAUGGCCCGUGCUAGGGGUAGGCGCGACGUGCUGUCGCAACGUCAUCGCACUGGAAAAGCUCCGCAAGUGGGCGGGUCACAAGGGCGCGCGCCUGUGUGUGGAAAUCGUCACAGGCUUCCCCGCAGUGGGCAACGCGACCCGGGCCAACGUGUGGGAAACGGACCCCCGCGCCACUCCAAUCACCGGCCAGCAACUCCAGGAAUUCUUUGACAACGUCUCCAUCGUCAAGCGCGCCGCGCCGCGUUUCGAUGAUGCCGUGCUAGAGUCCAUGUUCGAGGACGCGGAAAAAAUGGCAGAUGCGGGUAGCUACAUUCGCACCACGCAACAGCAACUCGUCACUAACGAACCCGUCCUACGCGUUCCCAAAGGAGGAAGAGCUGAAAAUCCGACAAAUCAUCGACGCAAGGCCUCAAAACGAGUACUCAACAUUGCCGGAAAAAGUCCGGCUGCAUGGCACUCGCAUGAUACAGGAGAUGUGCGCGGCAUACCUCGCCCCGCUGGGGCUAGAUGAAGCCACGUCAACACGACUUCCGUCCAGCCACACAGCAAAUGAAGCGUGGAAACAAGCUGAGCAGCAUCGCAACUCAAAGCAGCCGACAGCAGAUGCAACCCCAGAGCAACUGGCGGAGCAAAUCAGAAGUCUCAGUCAACCAGGAGACCCCACCGGCAGUAACGACAGCAACGCUGCCGGAAGCAGUCGUGCGCGACUGGUCAAAGGCCUACUACCUGUUCGGAGUAUCGCGGCCCGAGCACAACAGCGCCGCCUUCUACGCACCUAGUAGAGGCGACUGGCAGUACUACCACGCCGCAGUGCUCAACAUGGGCAACACUUUGUCAGUGCCAAAUUUCUGCAGAAUCUCGGAGGCCUUCACGACCAUCUUGGACAAAACCACGAUGCCUGCGCUUAUUUACAUCGACGACGCUUUCCUGCUCGGACCAAAUAACGAGACCGCCGAACUCAUGCGCCAAACAUGCGACGCAUUGUCGGCGUGUUGCGGCAUGGCACUGGCCGAAAAAGCCGAUGGAAACCAGAUUAGCACGGCUACAAACGCCGUCAAGGUGCUUGGAGUCUGGUACCUGUACGACCGCACAAAUGCGGCCGUCUACGCCUACACUUCUUACAAGAACCUCGCGAAGCUCCUCAAAGCCGGCAACCUCCUGCUACAGCAAAUCAAGUCAAAAGCCAUCAAGAAGAAGCAAGCUCAAAAAGUACUGGGCAUGCUGAGCUUCGUCAUCUGCCACACCACCAGAAUCGGCGCAGAAUUCCUGAGAGGAAUGUAUGCGUGGACGACCGAUAGCUUCGACUUCUUGAAAGCCAACAAGCAGGAACGCGCCUCACUUGCAAGAUUAACCAAAGCAGCAGUUGCACACGCAACGCAACUGCCACCGCAGCCACUUUCCUGGACUACGGCAAGUUACGUCUUCCUCUACCUUGACGCGAGCACAGAUGGACUACACGGCGAGCCCAUGCUCGGCGGUCUACUACUAGACGCGCAAGGCAGUCCGCACACGUUCGCUUCAGCAGCCCCUGCGGGGGUUUGGACAGUCGAACAAUAGAAUAUGAAACCAUGGCAGUGCGCCUGGCCCAGCAUCACUUUCAGCACCAGCUCCGCAGCGCGACUUGCAUCUGUAGCAUCGACAACGCCGGAGAGUUAUACGCGCUAAUAAAAACUAGCGCUAGGAACGCGCACGCGGCCCGUCUGGCCACCUGGGCGGCGAAACGGAGCGUGGAUCUGGAUUGCAGAAUGUGGCAUCGCUACGUGCAAACAGCACGUAACCCGGCGGAUCCGCUCACGAGGAUGGACCUCAUCCACCACGCCACAGCACUGUGGGGCAGGCAGGCCGAGCACGUCCGCGACGUCCCGCCGGAUAUCGUGGCGCUAUUAUGUCCGCACGAAAAGUGCGAACGCAUUUGGGGUAAGGACUACCUCAGCGCCAUCGAGGGUGGUGGACUGGGAAAUUUCUUUGAGCAAGAGAUAAAAUACUGGCAAGGACUCAGCCUUACCCCGAGCGACGACGAAAGCGCCGCUGUGCACAAGAAACCUCAGGUCGUCCGCGACCGAAAGCGGCAUAACAGGAUGACAACAAAGAGAAAGGGCAAGCGUGAAAGGGGGAGUACGCCUCUGCCAAGGCAUAGCCCAAACCGUCGCGAGAAAAGGCACGGGAGGGCCCUCAUGAAAAAGGGCGCGCGCACUUGAUGCACCGAAGGAACGUUACACAUAUGUCAGCUUCGCAUGAAUUUGAGCUCCAAUUUACAUCCAAUCAACAAGUUCGAUGGACUCAAAUUUUGUUGUCAUCACCCAGCGGGUUUGUAGGUUUGUGCACAAGAUAGAUAAAAGGAAAAAGUAGAGAACUUUCUCUCACUGCUGCCGCCGCGGAUGUUCUUACGAAGGAAAACAAAACCCCUGAAGGGGCGAGAUAAAUUGCAUUGCGUUGUCUUGUAUUCCUCAUCAUAUUCAUCUUCAUCCUCACCCUUCCGAAUCACCUUCCGUAAAGGAGUUUUCGCAAUAUGCAGCAUCAGGGGAAAUUCUGGCACUUGGAUGACGAGAUUAUGGAGCAAGCCAAUCUAACUACCGGCACCCCCACCAACGAGGAAAACUAUUCUCUGCAGCAAGUUCACUCUGCAUUUGCCGAAUAUCGAGUGGUAUUUUUUGGUUUUUUUUAUUGGUGGGUCUUGUCAAGACUUGCAUGGGGAUUCUCAUGUACUAAAUUUUUUGGGUAGAAGAAGGCGCUCACUACUUUGAAAUAGACGAGCUAAAACGAAAGCCUUUUAACUCCACUGUCUCCAACACCAGGCCAUCCGCAGUCGAUUGAACGAAACCAGAAAGUCACGAGGGUACGAGCUCUUUACGCGAUGGGAGGAGUGGCAACCGAGUGGAGAAUGGUACGAGAAAUGGGCCGCACCUAUUCCCGAGUUAAAACUUCCAACAGACACGGACACGAUCAUCAUUCGCAAUAUCUCCAACAGGUAAAAAGCCUCCUAAUCUUUGGGGUUUUUUAUCGUAAUUAAAAGAUCUUACACCCCACGAGUGGGUACAUCUAUCUAUCUCUAUCUUGAUCAUUCUUUCUUUCGGCUCCCUCCACGACAAGAGGUUCAUCUUCUGUUCUUUUCCUCAAGUAGUAGAGUGUAGAAGCAAUCAACACGCUGCAUACAAAUACAAAAGUUCCUUCACACCGUCACCGUUCCACAGUACAGGUACUGGCGUGACGAAUUGAUGAUCGAUUUGAUUGAGUCCAUUGGUUUGGACCGCAAGUGCAUUGCCAUGCUCUACGCACCGGUUGAUAUCAACAUUAUGGUUAGACUUACUUAACGUUGUGUUCGAUCAAUCAAUUAAGUAGACUCACUCCCGAGUGGUCCGAGUGGUCCGGUUCUAAUUCUAGUAGCCAAUCUCUCGGCUAUUGCCACAUCUGCUUUCGCGAGCCUGAGGACGCCCUAUUCGCUGCCCAAUUCAUCCAUGGUGGACAGUUUAAUCGACAUUGGACGAAGAAGGUACAUGGACAAUUUUCUGUAGCUCUAGCUGUUGUAGAUUUAAAUCACAAUUAUCUGUUUUGAGUAAAUUAAUUAUAGCUCUAGCUGUAGAUUUAAAUCACAUGUUCAACGACCACGGAUCUCUCCGCUUCAAAGCCGAUUUUUGUCCAGCGUGGCCGUUUACGUUAUUAAAGUGAAAAGAGAAACCAUGUAGAGGUAGAAGCACCAGUAUUUCCUAGAAUUACUUCUCUAUUACAGGUUCUCACUGUUGAACGCUCCCGUUGCCAAGGAUGGAGGGCAAAUUUGAUGAACCUGUACGUUGCCCGUGACAAGUAUCAGUACAUUGAUGCUUGCCCAGUCGCGUUCGAGGAAGAGAAAGGUCGUGCGGUCCUACUGAUGCGCAGAAAGAUCGACGAAGUAUUUCAGCGCGAAGGAUUUUCGUUACGGUUGCUUGUCUUUGUUAACAUAAACAUGCGUUGUUUUUUCCAGCUGCUGACGUGCUUGCCAGUGAUAGACUCAAUGGAAAGGAAUAUUUCCAAAAGAAAGUAGAAACAACACAAGGUGGUAACAAACACUCAAAUUUACUGUUCGAAGUGAUUCAUGAUAUUGAUAUAGGGUCCUCUUUAUUAUUUAAUACUCUCUUCGUCCUUUGUUUAUUUUCCCUCCGUACUUCUACUUCUAAUGACUGACGCUGAGGUCCGCAAACAUGCGCUAAUGCGACGGAACUCGCGACAGGAGAACAACUGGAAACAGCAAGGCAAAAACAACUGGGGCGACUAUGGUCAGAAAUUCAACUACAACAACUACAAUGGACAUGGAGACGGCAACGGACAUGGACAUGUACCUUAAGGCUUCCCCUAAUUCGCCUUCCCAAGCAUCCUCAGAAGGAGGCUUUCCUUAUAAUUCGUCUUCCAUUUUCACAGUAUUCUGAACAGCAAGAGGCUUGUCAAGUUGAAGGGAUAAGAGGAGGUCAGGAUGAGUCUCAAGAUGGAUUAGGGUGAGCUCUAAUACCGCAACUACAAUGGGCAUGGUCAUCGUCAUGGAAAUAAUAUCAACCAUCAUGGAAACCAGAACCGAAGCCGCAACCUCAACAACGAGCCUUCAACAUCUGGAUACUUAAGGCUGAAUGCAAUUCCUUUUCAUUUGUGCAAGUCAUUUCGUUCUUUCUGUUUCCUUCUUAGGAUUGGAGGCAAGACAAAAGGCAAGAAGCGAAUCGCUUCGAGCUCUAAUUAAGGCUCAACUUUCAAUGGUCAUUGGUGUUGGUCACUGGGAUCGCAGCGAGGCUCUCCUUGGAAAACAGGGGAAAACACAGGGAGAACAAGUAGAGGGGUAAAGGGCCCUUUUCUUUCAGCAUCAGUGACCAAUGGAUGCUGAGCUUUAAUCUAAGAUACGGAAGCAAGCGCAACAACCAGUCGCACAGUGCUGACUACUGGAAUCAGCAGAACAAUUACGAGAACAAUGGCGAGAGGUGCUGGCCAUAUUACGAGAACUACGUAGACUCCUACGACUUCUACCAAGGGGAAGGCCAAGGCUACAACAAUUAUGGCUUCUCCUAAUUGUACCAAUCCAUCUCUGGUGGAGGCAACAUAAUCGAUCCAUGUCCAGAAGCAUUUCGAGGGAAGAAGCUAUCGUCCCAUACCCAUAGAGGGAAAAUGAUAGAUUGAUCCGAAGAACACAAUCAUGAAUGCUUCCACUCAUUGAGAAUUGGCAAAGGGGGGAAUGCCGUACUUAGGGACGACAUUCCCCCAUAACUCAGGUUAUCAAUGAGUGGCAUCAUACAAAUAAAGGGAACAAAUAAAUAGAUCCGAGAUAGAUCUUCAUCUUGGGAUGGAUGGAUUGCGGUCGUGAGCUCUAAAAUAACGAAGUAGGAUGCAAGUAUAACUCCAACAAUGUUCUUCAUGCUGACCACAACCAAAGUGGAUAUCAGUACACCAACGAUCAGCAGACACAGCUCGUGUUAAGGCCAGACAUUUUACUUGUUCAGUUUCAGCCAACCUUCUAUUUUUGUCACUUGCUUCUUGCACACUUUUGCUUGCUUCCCAAGAGGAUGAUCCUACACAACAAGAAGUGAGACAAGAAGAGGUGAGUCAAAAUUUUUAGGAUAAUGAAAACCUACUAGUACGACAACCCGCCGCACUAAUCGCAGAAGUUACAAGUGCAGAGCCUGCUGAUCAUCAACAACAGGUCUGCAGCCCUCAAGGUGGUAAGAAUGGCGAGGAUUACUGUGAAGAACGAUGCUUCUACGACCACUUCAAUGGUCAGCAUGAGACGGAGUAA